UACUUUUUUCAUUUGAUUUUGUUCUAUUAUUAUUAUUAACUCCUAAAUGGCACUGUGUUGGUGGCUGAUGCACUUAAACUUUGAAUAUUUAUCUGUUUUGUAGUGGAGAUCAGAGGCAGACUGUUUCUGUCACUGAGGAACAUGCUACAGUUGUCCCCGGUUGCUCAGGUGGUCUUGUACACAAUCCUUUCCAGUGGUGAGGCUGUGGCAGACAGCAUGAACUUCCCAAUUCAGCUGUGUUUGGCUAACAAGGUGUCUCUGAAUUUCUCACAAUCGUCUGAGCUUCCUGGUGCUAAGGUGUCAUUGAUCCUGAGAGCCACCCCAGGAUCACUGUGUUCAGUGAGGGCCAUCGAUCAGAGUCUAUUAUUGCUGCGACCAGAGGAGGAGCUCAACAUGGAUUCUGUGUUCAACAUGCUGCCUGUGAAGAUGUUAUCAGGAUAUCCAUACAACAUCUAUGACGAGGAUUCAUCCCGAUGCUCUGGGAACCCACCCAUCAUCAACAUAUUUGCAAGACUACGGCCAAUUUAUAUACCAGCCUACGGAAAAAUCGACGUGUACAACACCUUUAAAGAUGUUGGAAUCAAGAUCCUCACCAAUGCCAUAGUCAAGAAACCUAUUGAGUGUUUUCCAUUUCCAAUGAGAAGAGCUCCAUCCACAGAGUUAGACAUGGCUGCACCAGAAAUGGCUGCCAGUGAUGUUUCAGCUACCUCAAGUUCAUCAUCUGGUUCAGUCGCACCAGUCGUUACGAUCCGCAAAUAUUUCCCAGAGACGUGGAUUUGGGAUCUCAUUUCAGUCAGACAAACUGGAGCAACGGUCGUUAUUAAAACGGUUCCAGACUCCAUCACUACAUGGCAGGCUGGUGCAUUUUGUACAUCAUCUGUUGGGUUCGGAGUCGCACCGAAAACCCAGCUCACUGCCUUCCAGCCUUUCUUUGUGAGCCUCACCAUGCCGAGCUCCGUCAUCCGAGGAGAAGUGUUCACGCUCAAAGCCACCGUCUUCAACUACCUCCGAAGCUGUAUGAUGGUGAAGGUGAGUUUGGCUGGCUCAAAUCAAUUCUCAGCACAAGUGUGUGAAAAUUGCCGUUACACAAGCUGCCUGUGUGCUGACGAGAGCCAGACCUUCUCCUGGACCAUCACACCACUGGUUCUGGGGGAGGUGAGCAUUAAUGUGACGGCAGAGGCUGUGAGAUCAUCGACUCGGUGUGGGACGAGACCGGUUACUGUACCACAGAAAGGACGCAUCGACAUGGUCAUUAAAACACUGCAAGUGAAGGCUGAGGGAACCAAACUAUGUAAAAGCUACAAUGAACUUCUCUGUCCAGAUGGUAUUGUUCAGACGACUGUCUCACUGAUUCUGCCUGAGGUGUUCGUGGAAGGUUCAGCCAUGGCCUCAGUCUCUGUCCUGGGAGAUCUGAUGGGCCGAGCGCUACAGAACCUGGCGAGUCUCCUGGCGAUGCCGUACGGCUGUGGAGAGCAAAACAUGCUGCGCUUUGCCCCCAACAUCUUCAUCCUGCUGUACCUGGAGAGUACCAACCAGCUCACGCCCCAGAUCAGGAGCACAGCCGAGACCUACCUCGUGAGCGGAUAUCAGAGAGAACUGACCUACAAACACACUGAUGGAUCUUACAGUGCUUUUGGGAUGAGUGAUCGAUCAGGCAACACAUGGUUGACGGCGUUCGUGAUGAAGUCUUUUGGAAGUGCCAAGAGAUACAUCUUUGUAGAUCAGAUGCUUGUAGAUCAGGCGAAGGCCUGGCUCGGUCAGCAGCAGCAGGCUAACGGAUGCUUUGCCUCAGUGGGUCAACUCUUCCACACUGACAUGAAGGGAGGGGUGAAUGAUGAGGUGACUCUCUCGGCAUACAUCGCAGCUGCAAUGUUGGAGCUCAAUUAUACAAGUGCAGAUCCUGUGGUGAACAGGAGUCUCGCGUGCCUGAGGAAUGCGUACACUCAGGUGAACUCCACCUACGCCAAGGCUCUCCUUUUCUACACCUUCACUCUAGCUGGAGAUCAGGCGAUGAGGAACACGCUCAUCUCAGACCUGGAUGCAAAGGCCAUAGUCUCAGGGGGUAGGAGGUACUGGAGCAGAGUGGAUAGUGGGUCUGUGACGGACUCUUUGGAGGUGGAGAUUACCUCGUAUGUGCUUCUGGCUCUGAUGUCUGGACCCCAGCUCUCUGGGUUUGGCCUGGGUUACAGCGCCAGCAUCGUCCGUUGGCUUUCUCAGCAGCAGAAUGCCUUCGGGGGUUUCAGGUCUACACAGGACACUGUCGUGGCUCUCCAGGCUCUGGCGAAAUACAGUCUCGCCACCUACCGUCCAGCAGGAGCUGUUACUGUUACUAUAACAUCACCAUCAGGGGUGAUUAAGAAGUUUACCAUCAAUCAGAGUAACAGGCUGCUGUAUCAGGAGAGUCAGCUGCAGGAGGUUCCUGGAGAUUACAACGUCAAAGCAAAAGGGAAAGGCUGUGUGUACGUGCAGUUCACUUUGUGCUACAACAUCCCUCCUCCUCCUGACCGCGCUUCAUUUACUAUCUCAGCCUCAGCAUCUGGUAAAUGCAGCAUCCCAAAUCCAUCUCUGGAAGUGAAAAUUACUGUCAGGUAUAACGGUCAACGAUUGGUGACCAACAUGGUGAUCAUUAACGUCAAGCUUCUGUCUGGAUUCAGUGCGGAUGGGACGUCUGUGAUGCUUGUGAACAGCAGUCCAGAUUCGACUGAUGGAUCUGUGAACAGUGUGGAACAAGCUGAUGGUGAAGUCAUUAUCUACCUGAAUGGACUGAAAAAAGGAGUGGAGAAGGUGUACACGCUGAGGAUCGUGCAGGACAUUGCAGUGGCGAACCUGAAACCAGCCGUUGUGAAGGUUUACGACUACUACGAGACCGGUGACUCGGCUGUAACUGACUACACCUCACCAUGCACUUAAUACAGAAAACGUGCACUUUAAUCCAUCAUCUCUUUUCUUUUUCACUUUUUUCUCCAUAUUUUACUUUCAUCUACAGUAAAAACUUUGCAAUUUCACAAAAGGUUAGUAAGUACUAAAGGACAGUUUAUUUUUAGCUUAAAGGAAAAUCUGUCUUGUUAUAAUGAUCAACUUAAAUAUACAGUACGUCUUUUGGUGUGAGUGUAACGGACACAAUGCAGGAGAUUUCAACUUUGUACAUGUCUAUAAUACUACAUGUACUAAAAUUCUUUGCAUAUGUACUGUAUACUGUUGAGAUACUGAAUACAUUAAAAAUUCCUGUUUCUUUAUAUUGUAGAUCAUCUACUUAAAAGUCUUUAUUCUGCAGAUGUAAUCACAAGGCAAUUCAUGAGGUGCUGAGCAAAAAUAUUAAUAAAAUGAUUAAAUGUGUCGAUCCUGAGCAGCGCAGCAGAAAUGUCUUCACCAUAUUGUUGAGAUUUAGAAUUUGAACUCUGACAUAAAAGUCCCAUACAACAGAUAUACAUGUGUACAUACAGUACAUUUCCUCCAGCUCCAG